AUGGUGGGUCGACGAGUCGAUCAAUCACGCCUCGGUGUCGCUGCAGUUGCCCUUGUGAUGGUCGUGCUGUGCUUUUGGCAUCCGGCAACGAAUGGGCAUCAAACUUUCGCAAUUCCAGGUGCUAAAAAGGCCAGCAGAACAAAACUGGGCAAGCGCAAACUUCCUCAAAUAGAUCCAGCAGACUCCGCCACAGAUGUGUUCAUCCCGUUGGAGGGAACCCUUCAAAGUCUGGAGAACAUGUUGCAAAACAGAAGGGUGGUUUUCUUGCGAGCUGCUGUGGCAAGCGGCAAGUCUACGUUGGCACAGUAUCUUUGUACGCAGCAACCCUCCAAGUAUUUGCAAGUCCAUGCCCCCUUGCAUACGGAUCUAACCUUUGAAAAUUGGGUGACGGCGUUCAAAAAAGCCGUGGAGAAACCUUCUAUUCAACAUGACUCAGCGGACAUCGCGGAGGCGAUCAAAAGCAUAUACGACAAGGACCAAGUGCUUGUUUUUGAUGAGUGCCAUUUGCGUUUUGCUUGCCCGAGGUUCUGCGAGAUGCUAACCAAAACGCCCAGUUAUCUGAAUCGGCGCCCGAUGGUAUUGCUGUUGUCUGCAGCAUCAGAAGCAGAACCUUUGCAGGGACAAAUUCGUUUAACGCCGUCCGAAAUUACUGACAAGUUCAUGUGGACGCCCCCAGUGCCAAGUCCCAGCGUGCUUGCCGACCAACUUGCUGCGGCUAGCGUUGGUUUGAGUGAGGAUGCCAUCAAGUUUUUCUUUCAAAUAUGUGCAGGCCACCGAGGUAUUUUUAUGAGAGCCAUGGCAUGGGUACAGGACAAGCAGAAGAAACACAGGGGGCAGGGAGGCAGACUUGUGCAGUGGACAGUCGAACAAGCCUACGGCGAAGUCAAGCUGGCAUGGGCAGAUGAAGAUUGGACCAUCCCGAACAGCUUUCUGGGAUGGCUGGCAGCGGCUCGUGCAAUCCGCGUCAACGGACAUUAUGCAAAUCUAGUCAAUAUCCCCCAACAGCUCAUCGAGAUCCUAUGCAGUGGGGCUACUAGCAAUUUAGAUUCAGAACUGCGUCGCAAUCUCACAGUCCAUGGUUUCCUAUUGCCAGUUGUUGAAGGCAAUGCCGACGAGUUCGUGCCAUAUGAUUGGAGUGCGGUGGGGGCCAGAUAUGGUGGUUCCACUCACUUGUUGGCUUCUUAUUAUCGCUGCGUGUUGAAGAAGACGCGAAACCUGGAAGUGGAUGUAAGCAUGGAGGUGUCGUCAGGCACCGAUCUGCUGCUGAGAGCUCUGCCAUACCUGCAUUUUGCAAAGGUGGUUGGCGGUGUCAUCCUUCAAGAUGCGCAUGUGCAGAAGAUUUUUGCGAAGCAAGGGGCUCCUUCUGAAGUUCACUACACCACUGCCAUCAAUCAGAUACUGGAGCGCUUGGGUUUUUCAGCAGGGUCUGUAGAGGAUGGGAAAAAAGGGAAGGUCGAUGUUUAUGUCGUGCUGGAGGACCGCGCAACGAUUGCGUUGGAAGCGGUCAUGGUUUCUCGUUCUCUGAAAGACGUUGAGAGCCAUCGCUUGCGUUUUGACAACCCAUCCUUACAGAAUUAUCACCAUGCCACUCGAAAGUGCCUGGUGAUUCUUGGCGAUUGGGGAAACAGACUUAAAGUCAGAGAACGAGUGGAGCAGACACGAGGCGGUAUUGAGAUUGUUGGCCUUGCAGCUAAUGUAGCCCACACAGGCUACAACGUUUACGUCAAGCGCCAAAUUGACAACAAUAUUGACACAGUUGUGGAUUUCUACAUCCCGUGUGAUGGAGUUGCAAGGAGCUUUGCCUUUAAGGAUGAAGAGCCCUUCUUUGAGAUCAGUUCCGUGCAGAAGCUGAAGUCCAUCAAUCCAGGCUUUGCAGGCACGACCUCAACGUCAUCCGUCGUCUGGGUGCGGGAGCUGAUCCGCAAG